AUGUCGUCUCAUUGCAAGCUAUUAGAAGACGUUUUAAGAACACAAACAUUCUACCAAAAUAAAAUUCCUCACGUGGUCAGCAAGGAGGACAGGGUCAGCAAGGAUUCGGUAAAGGAAGACGUGGACAACAAGGAUUCGGUCAGGAAGGACAGGGUCAGCAAGGAUUUGGUCAAGGAGGAAGUGGACAGCAAGGAUUCGGUAAAGGAGGACGUGGACAGCAAGGAUUCGGACAAGGAGGACAAGGACAGUAAGGAGAACGCGGUGACCAGGGACGUUACUAAUCGGAUUGCCUUUAAAAACGCAAUAAAAACUGAAAUUUUAAAAGAUAACCAAACUCUUUACCCUAUCCAUUUGUUUUUUGGUUUUCAAAAGUUUUUAUAA